UAAGUCUAUAAGGAGUGAGAUGUGACUGUAAUGCGUUACAUCACGAUAAUGUCCCAGCAGCCAGUGAACGCAGCAUCAGAGCAGCCAGUGAACGCAGCAUCAGACAGACAGAUGCAGGAAGCAGGCAGCGGGCGGACACAGAGACAAACUCGCUCCAACAGCUGGCGAAAAUUUGAUAUUUUAGAAAGCAGAUGUGUCUGCUUUGAGGAGAAAAUGCGUCUCAUCGCAGUGCUUGUCCUUCUGGGGACAGGAAUGACGGUAAACUGCGAGAAACAUUCCCUUACCUACAUCUACACAGCCUUCUCCAAACCAGUCAGACUCCCGGGCUUCCAUGAGUUCACAGCCAUGGGUCAGAUAGACGGCAGGAUGAUCGACUACUUUGACAGUGAUGACCAGAAGAAAGUUCCCAAACAGGAGUGGAUGGAAAAGAAACUGGACAAAGACUACUGGGAUAGAGGAACAGAGUCCCGUCAGAGCAAGCAGCAGUGGUUCAAAGAUAACAUCAACAUCCUGAAGGAGAGGAUGAGACAGAAUGACUCCGACGUCCAUGUUCUCCAGUGGAUGCACGGAUGUGAAGCUGAGUCAGAGCCUGGUGGUGAUAUUAACUUUGUUCGUGGCAUGGACAGAUACAGCUAUGAUGGAGACGACUUCCUGUCCUUCGAUGACACCCACUUAGUCUGGGCUGACUGGACUGAAGCAGCAGUCCCAACCAAGAAGAAGUGGGAUGAUGUCCAGGUCCUGAUAGAAUACGCCAAAGGCUACCUGGAGAAAGAGUGCAUGGAUUGGCUGAGAAGCUUCCUGUAUUAUGAGAAACAGCAGCUAAUGAAUGCCCCUCCUCCAAAGGUGUACGUGUUUUCAAAGAACACCUAUGUUGAGGCAAACCUCCUUUUGACGUGCCUGGCCACAGGUUACUACCCAAGAGAAAUCAUCCUCCAGAUUAAGAGAAAUGGCCGCAUUCUGGAAGAAGACGACGGAUUGUUUUCCUCAGGCUCUCUACCAAAUGGAGACGGCACCUUCCAGAGGAGAGACUGGGUGGAGAUUUUAAGGAGCGACCAGUCUAAAUACACCUGUACUGUGAUAGAUAAAGCAUCCAAUGUGAACAUUACAGUGUAUUGGGAUCAUAAAGCUCCUGACUCCUCUAACGGACCUGUCGUUGGUGGGGGGAUUGGUGGAUCGAUUGGUGGAGCCCUGCUUGUGGUUGUGAUCGUGCUCGGUGUAGUGCUGGCUUUCUGCUAUAAGAAAGGCAAACUGGGAAAGAAACGAGGCUCAGAUCCUUCAAUCAACAGCAAUAGAACUGAUGGCUCUGAUACACCACUUACCACUGUAACUUCCUCAAACAACAACAACAGUAACCCAGACCACCAAGUGGAGGUACAUGUCAAUGACAACAAUGAUAUCUCAAAUGAAGAAGCGGUACCUCUCACUGGUUCCAAAGGAUCUCUAGACAGCGACGGCUCAGGCAGCUCCGGAGUCUCUUCUGAUGACAACAAAAACCUGAACCCCGAGUCCCAAAGCCUCCUGUUGAAGGAUGAACAGUCAGUCUGAAGUCUCUGUAAAAAAACACAACCUCCAUCAGAGUUCAGGUGCUCUCUGGAUCCAAAUUAACCUCGAUAACAAAUAACUUUUUCUAAGAUAAAAAAAAAAUUAAGGGUGAAUUUUAAAAAGUCUGAAAAAAUCUGAAUAUUGUGUUAGUGGGGUGAUCUUAAAUCAUGGUUUUACUCCCAGCCCAACAUUUAAAACAAGAAUUAAGAGUUCGUUAGGAAAUGAUGGAGAUUAAUUUGUUCUCAAAUCUCACCAGAAUUAGUGAGUGCUUCGUAGGUGAGGUGUUCAGGGGAAAACCAAACUCUUGGAAGAGUUAGAGGAGUUUGUACAGUCUGGAUCUUGUUUUAUAAAGAUUUUAUGCAUCCAAGAAAUGAAAACAAAUGGGGGUAAAAAGCUUUUCAGUUAAAGGGCAGUUCAGAAGGACUCGAUUAGAGCUGGGUGAGAAGGUGAUGGAUAUGGAAAUUCAAAGUUGUGACGCUUUACGAAAUGAUCUUUUCACUUCAGAGCGAAGCAGUAAAGUAAAUUGAUGCGUUGUCAUGGAGUAUAAAUGGUCUUAUGCUCUUAUCAGGAUAUGGAAAGAUUUUUAUCCAGAUAAAAGAUUCUGGUCAUAUUUGCCAACCUUUGACCACAUCAGUGCCUUUUUCCUUCAUUUAAUCAAUUUACUGCAAAUAAAAGUCACAUUACUGCAAGUAAUCCUUGGAAAAAAGGAGGAAAACCAGCGUUUGUGAAGCUGUGCCUCAGUUGGUUGAGCAGUCGGAACUGAUCGGAGGGUAGGUGGUUCGAUCCCUGACCAUGGCAGCCUUCAUGUCGAAGUAUCCUUGGGGAAGAUACUGAACCCCAAAUUGCUCCCGAUGCUGCGUUCAUCGGUGUGUGAAUGAAUCCUGUUUAGGAUAGCCUUUGCCACCAGUACUGCACUGUGUUGUUAUGUGAUCCUGUUAUUGAGUCUAUUGUUUAUUUUUGAUAUGUUUCUGAUGUGACUGGUUGGUAACAGUUAUGCUGUUUUACUGCAUUUAUAUUGCAUUUUUGAUACUGUUUUGUAACUUGGACAUUUCAUUUUGAAGGAAGGGAGGACUGUUACCUAUUUUAUUGGGUUGACUGUAUCAUAAUGGUCCGGAUUAGGGCUGCAUGAUUAUGGCCAAAAUGAUAAUCACAAUUAUUUUGAUCAAUAUUGUAAUCACGAUUAUUCCUUGUGUUAGGGAAAACAUCUGUAUUUUUAUUGCACUAUUUUUAAAUAAACAAUA